AUGGCCGUUGCGGCUGCCCAGGACGGGUCUCCUCGACAACAACCCUCAUUGCUGCAUCUCAUCGCCCUCGUUGACAACGUGCCCAUUGACUUCGAAGCCAACUGCACGCCUUAUUACCGCCUGCACCUAGCUCCCGAUCCCAGGACCCAUGGCUACAUUCAUCCCAAGACGGUAAACUCCAUGCCGUGGCCAGCGUCAUUCACAAUCAACCACGACGCUCGCCGGGUCACUCUGUCUCCUCCCUCACCAGACACCUCGCUCUCCUUGUCUGCCCACGCCAAUGCCGCCUUCCAGGCCGCCAUAGACGCCGCCAUAGACGGCAACGUGUUCCCCAUGCUCAACGGCAUGCACAGCGAGCACUUCCUCCUCAUGGGCGCCAGAGAAUUCGUCCGAAUAGAGCGCUUUGCCGCGUCCUUGUUCGGAAUAGCUACCCGCGGAGCCCACUUGACGUGCUACGUCCGGGGCCCCGACGGUCUCAAGAUAUGGGUUGCCAAAAGGAGCCCCAAGCUAUUCACAUAUCCCGGCAUGCUGGAUAGCACAGUGGCAGGCGGCGUCAAGGCUGACAACUCGCCAUUGGACUGCAUCCUCGCCGAGGCCACGGAAGAAGCGUCGCUGCCAGCGGACCUCGUUGCGAGACUGGUCCGUAGCGUGGGCGUGCUCACCCUGGCGAAUCGCAACCCACGCACGGAGCUGCACCACUCAGAGGUUCUCUACGUCUACGACAUGGAACUGGAAGAGGAUAUGGUGCCGAGUCCUCAAGAUGGUGAGGUAGAAGAGUUUGUGCUGAUGGACUGCGCAGAGCUGCGACGCAGGAUGUUAAAUGGCGAGUUUAAGCCCAAUGUUUGUCCCAUCAUGAUUGACUUCUUGGUGAGGCAUGGGGAGAUUACGCCCGAGGGGGAAAGGGACUAUGUUGAAAUAUGCAAUCGUCUGAGGAGAAGACUCCCCGUACCGACUGUGCCUGAUCGAUAA